AUGGACGUGCUUGGAGAAGGAUGUUUUAACGGCGACGGAGAAGAUUUGGAGAAGGCGUUUGAUAGAGUUCCGAGAAAGGUGAUCGAGUACGUGCUGCGUAAGAAAGGUGUGACAGAGAAUAUGGUUCGGGCAGUUAUGGAGACUUAUGAAGAUGACAUUGUCUUGGUGGCGGAGUCGAAGCAAAAAUUCAUGGAAUGGUACCGAGAAUGGAAAACGGCAAAAGAAGUCAAGGGACUGAAAGUGAAUGAGGCAAAGACGAAGAGCAUGAGAUGCUCGAGGCAGGUGGAGGUGAAAGACAGUGAUAAAUGGCCAUGUGGUGUGUGUGGGAAAAGAGUUGGAGUGAAUUCGAUAAUGAGUGGGAAAUUCAGUAAGUGGGUUCAUGGAAGGUGUUCAGGUGUCGGUGGUGCAUUGACGAGAGUAACUGUUUUUGAGUGCGGGACGUGUCGAAGUGGUGGACGAGUCGCGAUUGAAUGGUUUGAACUGGUUGACGUGAGUUUGGAAUGUGUAUCGGAGUUUAAAUAUCUGGGCGAUGUGUUAAAUGAUGGUGGAGGGUGCGAGCAAGCGUUGAGGAACAGAGUUCAAGCAGCGUGGUGGAGUUUUAGAGAGUUGUCGGGAAUGUUGUGCGGAAAAUCGACUUCGUUGAAGCAGAAGGGAGUAUUGUACAAGGCAUGUAUUAGAAGCGUUUUGGGAUAUGGAGCAGAGUGUUGGGCGCCGAAAGCAGAGGACCUGAGAAGAUUGGCGUCGACGGAAAGGAGAAUGUUUAGGAUGAUACAUCGUCCACAAACGGAAUUUCGUUUAGAAAAAAUGAUGUCUUUCGUUAAGAAGAAACCAAAUCAAUCCAUACUAGCAAAAGCACCCACCUCUACAAUGUGA